ACAGCUGUGUACUUUGCAAACAUAAAUCAGGAUCACCACCAAAAAUGAUAGCCCGGAGGGGGGACUGAGUUAGUGGAGUUUGAUUGCACAGUAGCCCGCACAGCUCCAUGCUACGUUUUUGUCUUGGCUUGGACACCCGAUGCUGUGCCGAAGGUGGAUCUUUUCUGAGGUCUGUUUCACUGUUUGGGGCUGCAGGAAUCCGUUGCUGAACUGAGAAACUUGAGUUUUUCUACGUUGGAUUUUGGUAUAAAAGGGGCGUUACACAGCAGUAUGGUCGUGCAGCUGUAUCUGGACUUACUGUCCCAGCCUUGCCGCACCGUUUUCAUAUUUGCAAAAAUCAACAACAUCCCUUUCGAGUUCAAGUCUGUGGACCUCUCAAACGGAGAACACUUUUCAGAAGAGUUUAGGAAGGUGAACCUUCUAAGGAAAGUUCCAGCUCUAAAAGAUGGAGAUUUUACCUUGGCUGAGAGUGUUGCAAUCCUCCUUUACCUGUCUCGAAAGUACAAAACUCCCGAUCAUUGGUACCCAUUGCAAUUACAGAAAGUGGCGCGAGUGGAUGAAUUUCUGUCCUGGCAGCACACCUCUAUCCGUACAGAUGCAGACAACCUAUUUUGGUUGAAGGUUGUGAUUCCUUUGAUUUUGAAAAAGGACUGUCCUGCAGAAAAGAUUGAUGCUGCUGUGGAAACUCUUAAUGAAACUCUGAAGCAAUUUGAGGAUAAAUUUCUGCAGGACAAGGCCUUCAUUGCAGGAGAAGAUAUUUCUAUAGCUGAUUUGGUGGCAUAUUCUGAGCUUAUACAGGCCUUUUUUAUCGGUCUUGAUAUCUUUGAGGGAAGACCAAAACUGGCUGCAUGGCGACAGCAUGUUGAGUCCAAGAUUGGUCAGGAGGUAUUAGAUGAGGCUCAUCAUCUGAUCCAGAAUCCCAAGCAGAUGAGUAUAGCCCCAGCAGUGGCAGAUGUCUUCAAAGCUAGAGUCCUGAAGAUUCUCCAGUAAAACGUGAAACCAAAGAAAAGAACAGCUAAGCACAGCAACUUGCCAUGUAGUCUACAUGGUGCAGAGACGUGUCACUCUAAUGGCUAGGAUCUCUUCUUUUGUCAACUUUAGCCAAUGCCUUUUCUGCCCUGUAUCAGAAAAACAGGUAUCAGUGAUGUCCACAAUACACAGCCACCCCAUGGGACAGUUAUUCCAUAUGUAACUGAAACCAGACCCUAGCAUGCAUAUAUAGUAUUUUAAAAUCUUUUCAGAUGAGAAUAACAUUGAACAUGUCUAUAAAAGUUUUGAAAACAAAAAAUGUAUCCAAGUUUGAGGAUUUGUUGGAGAAAAGAUAACUUAUGAUUCUCUUCUUUUAACAGAUGCCAAAAAAAUUAAAAUUUUGAAAGAGCACAGAAAAAAUGAAUAUGUUCCAUUUUGUAGUUCACUUUUUCUUUGUGUCACCAAUGUGUCUGUUCUUAUUCGUACAGUAAAAUCCCGUGGAUGUCUUUUGUUCUCCUUAUUUCUAUAUAAGCUUUGCAAAUGAACAAGCAAGUUGAGAACUUGUUUUCAACAGAAUAAAAUUAUUUGUUGGUUAAAAAAA